GUUGGUAGUGCGCCGCGUGCUAGUGACGUGCACAGGACAUCAUGCGGACAUUACUGAUAUUUAUGCUGUGCGCAGUCACAACAUACGCGCAAUUUGAUUCGCCUGCUCCUCCGAGACUUCAGAUUCCUGGGGCCAUCCCGUUAGGAAAUCCCAGGCAAGGAGGCUUCAGACAAGGAAGACUGCAAGCCGUACCUUUUUCGGCUGCAGUACCAGUACCCAGAAUUAGGAGACCAGGCCCUGCGAGACCCUCCUUCAAGUCCGUGGAGGCUACUCCACGACCAAAUUUACAAACACUUGAUGAGCAGGCAAAGCCAGUUACCGAAGAACCUGAAGACGACAUCGAAAUAAACACUCCGACUGCGUUCUCGCCGAACAUAUUAUCAACACCAGAACCGCAAAGUGAUUUCUUCGAAUUCACCACGACAUCACAACCGAAACCACCCAUUGCCUUUAACCCAUUAUCUUUCCAGCAGUCUACACCUUCUGUAUUGAAAGCCGAACCUAUCAGACCGACACAAUACAGACCCCUCUUACCGUCGCAAUCGUUCAGUCCCACUAGGAAUGAACCAGUCAAACCUCAGAGACUCCAGCCAUUGUCCAUUAGGCCCCAGAGACCGUCAUUUAGGCCUGAACCUAGACCGAUCCUGGAAGAUGAUGAGGCGCACAUACAACCAGUCAGGCAAUACAACAGGCCCCAAGAACCUGUUCGUGCACCAGUUAAGACUGCACCGCAACAAAAGUACUCCCCUUCCAACCCGAGGGAAAAGAAGCCAGUUGCACAAAUCAUUAGAAAGUACAGAGAAGAAAAUGAAGAUGGCAGUAUAACGUGGGGAUUCGAGAAUGAUGAUGGCUCUUUCAAAGAGGAAAUUAUCGGCAUAGACUGCGUCACACGAGGUAAAUACGGUUAUGUAGACCCGGAUGGCGUAAAACGGGAAUACAACUAUGAAACUGGAAUUCCUUGUGACAGAACAAAGGAACAACAAGAUGAGAAAGGAUUCAUAGAUUAUCAGGAGAAUAAGGCUGUCCUUCCUAAUGGUAUAACCAUUGAUCUCGCUGCCAUGGGUAAAAAAUCCAGAAGGCCCUUCAGGUCACCCAAUCCUCAUUAGAAAUUAUGAUAAGUUCAUCAUAUUUAUUUUAGGAAAUCUAAUUUUAAGGUUGUUUUCGUUGUCUUGUCAUUUAAGUGUUAUCUAAACACAAAGUAACAUUUCUAUGACUUCAGGUGGUGUCACUUGUCCUUGUUCAUGAAAAUAGGGGC